GUGGCUGGCGAUCGCUCGAGUUCCCCGUCAAUUGCUGAGGGAGCAGAAUGACAAAUACUACCUCGACCAGUCUUCAUCCAAACCCCAUCGCCGAGGGAUACCAACGGACCGAGGUCGUCACGGAUCACGCUGAAAGCGGUGGUGACGCUGGCCUUGACAGGGGGGUUUUCUACUACUUACUCACCGGUGUCUCUCUCGUCAUAUUCAUCUGCACUCUGCCUUUCUCUCUCUGCUUCUGUCUCAAGAUCGUGCAAGAGUAUGAGCGAGCGGUCAUCUUUAGACUUGGCAGGUUGCUACAAGGGGGCGCAAAGGGACCCGGCAUGUUUUUCAUUCUGCCAUGUAUUGACUCCUACCAGAAGGUCGACCUUAGAGUUGUGUCUUUUGACGUGCCUCCACAAGAGAUCCUGACCAAAGAUAGCGUAACAGUGGCUGUUGAUGCGGUGGUGUACUUCAGGAUUCAUAACGCCACCAUCUCCAUCACGAACGUGGAGAAUGCGAACCGCUCUACUCGACUGCUGGCUCAGACCACCCUGAGAAACGUACUGGGGACCAAAAGCUUGAGCGAGAUUCUGAUUGAGAGAGACAUCAUUAGCUAUAUCAUGCAGACUGCCUUGGACGAGGCUACUGACCCCUGGGGGGUGAAGGUGGAGAGAGUUGAAGUUAAAGAUGUCCGAUUGCCACAGCAACUACAGCGAGCCAUGGCGGCAGAGGCCGAGGCUGCACGCGAGGCUAGAGCCAAGGUCAUAGCGGCCGAGGGAGAGAUGAACGCCUCGCGUUCCCUCAAAGAAGCCGCUGACAUAAUCUCCCAGUCACCGCAGGCUCUGCAGCUCCGCUACCUCCAAACUCUGACCACAAUUUCCGCAGAGAAGAACUCCACCGUCAUCUUUCCACUUCCCAUCGAUUUUAUCGCGAGGUUUCUUCCCGACAAUAAGACAUCCUAAGAUAAUAGAGCUCCCAUUUUAUUACCGAGAUCGUUUCUAAGCGAUGAAGGAGAUACAAAGCUUCUUACUGGCUUCUGGCUGUGACACUUUACAUUAUUAGGGUUCUAAGAUCAAACAAUUUUACAAGGGUCUCCAUCAGCUCCCAUUUUCAGGCCCGUCGCCAGGAGGGUGCAGGGUGUGCGAACGCAUCCCCCCCCCACAACGGCCUAUAGGCUUGCUAUUUGUAGAUAAAACUAUAAAGCAUAAGCAUACUACUGACUUACUACUGCAAAUGCAUAAAAACAUCACUUUGUUCUUUCUGGAAUGGUCAGACCUAGCAGAGAAUAUUUUAUCCACCCCCCCCCCCCCGGAAAAAUUAGGUCCACUAUGUGAUUCCGCACCCCUUUCCCCCCCCCAAGAAAAAUCCUGGGUACGGGCCUGAUCUUGUCCUUCCUGCAGAAUGUCAAGGGCGAGCAAAUAUCCAUUUCCAUCGGCUGAUUUGCCAAAUCGAAUAAAAUUUUGGUUUUAAGAUG